UUAGACGGACCAAAACAAACGCGUCAGCCAAACGUGGUGGAUCCUUACCCUUCUAAUGUCAGAGCUACCGUUGAGUGAGUUUUUGGGCAUAGUGGGAGCUAAGGGAACCCAACAAACAAUGGCGUCAAAGUGGGGAAAACUGGUAGCGGGACUCUUUCUUUUGACAAUCUGUGUGUUUGUUGAUGAGGUUAAAGCCUGGACUGGUGAAAUCCAUGGCAGAGUUGUUUGUGACGUUUGUGCUGAUGCAACUGUAGGACCUGAAGAUCAUAUCUUGGAAGGUGCUGAAGUUGCUGUUCUUUGCAUAACGAAGUCCGGUGAAGUUCUAAAUUAUCAAGCGUUCACAAAUGAAAAGGGGAUCUACACCGUGGCAGAGACGAUGCCUGAGACUGACCGCUGGGAUGCAUGCUUGGCACGACCCAUCAGCAGUUUCCAUGAGCAAUGCACCCAUCUUGGGGAGGGCAGUUCUGGAGUGAAGUUCAGUUAUAACCAUCCAUCUGGUCAUUUUCACACUGUCAGACCGUUCGCCUAUCGACCUGCUAUCUUACCAUCAUACUGCGCUUGAGUGUCCAAGUCAUUGCAUAUAUACUACUGUUAAAACUGUGCUUGUUUAAAGGGAAGGAACCUUGAAUAUGAGACUAGAUCAUGUUUAUGAUAAUAAAUACAUGAUUGGCAGGGA